CAGACAAGUCACCAUGAACAAACCCAAGACUCCCGAUUCCUCGAAUUCGGAGCGUCUUCCUUCACUUGGAGACCCAUCUUUGACGAUAUCUCUCUUGCGAUGCGCGCACUCCCCCGAUACCUCAACACGAAUCUAUACCGAGAAAAUCCGCGGUCGACCCCUCCAUCUCAAGCCCACAGAACCAAAUCCACAGCUCGCCCACCGUCAAGCACGUCUGCGCGCGCUCUCCGAUCGUAAAAAGAAGCAGAAACCGCGUCCUCUGUCUGCGAGGCAGAAGCGCGCUCUGUGUCUCUACGAUAUACCUAAAGAGAGGCAGAAGUAUGAGAUCUACGAGGGGCUACAUAGGUUGUGGGUGGGUUAUAUGCACGAGAUAUUGUUUGAUGUAGUAGAUGGGAAAGGAGGGGAUGGAGAGAGGGUCAUGGGUCAGGGAGAAGCGGCGAAGAUGUGUGCUGCGGAUUUUCAUGGGGCCGAGGUGGAGGUUGUCAGGAGUAGGUGUGUUUCCAGGGUAGGAGUGAAGGGUAUUGUGGUCAGGGACUCGAAGGGAGUGUUUGUGGUUGUCACGAAAGGCAAUCAAGUAAAGACUGUUCCAAAGGAGGGAACAAUUUUCAGAGUCAUUGUUCCUCGCCCGAAGAAGAAGGAAAUAAACGGCGAAGCUGAUAAAACUGAAGAAUCGGCAGAGGUGGAGCAGAAAAUUGGAAAUACAAGAGACGUAAUUUUCGAGCUGCAUGGAAACCAAUUCCAGUACCGAGCCGCAGACAGAGCGAACAGGAAGUUCAAGACGCACUUCUUACCGGAUCUCUGAGCACCCCUCUAUACACAGCAAGGACCGCAAUCAGACCAAACAACCAGCGCUAUGGGCGCGCAUAACAUAGAUCACGGCAACCUUCAUCCUCUGACACUUGCCAGAGUCUAGCUCAACGAUAAGCUUAAGAUCAAAGCACAAAAAAGAAGAUUCCAAAGAAGAAAAACGAGUAGACGCUGAAACAAACGUGGCUAGCUUCCCAGAAGUUGGAACUUCUGAAGAUCCGGGCCCAUCUCCCGCUCUCAAAAUUCCCGAGUACGGAAAAGAUACCCGGACGUGUCGUAAAGAUGGUUGCAGCCACGGUAUCAGCAGGCGCUACUAUGCAAGCUACCACCACUUGCUUUUGAUCGAAUCGACAAGAUGCGGAAAGGAUGGGAGGAAUAACCGAUGGUCCCUGAGAAAGUGAGACAUUGGCGUUAGAUCUUCAAAAGCAAGGAG